AAUCUUAAGCUCAUCUCUCUAUCCUCCCUAAGAACUUCGAACUCCUAAGAGCCAUGUCGCUCACGAUCCCGUCGAACCUCGUCCUCAACAAGUCUCUCACUCAAUGCGUACCUAAAUCCGCCGCGAGAUUCGUCUGCUCCGAUGACAAAUCCGCGACGCAGCAACAUCAGUCCAUGAAGGCUUUAUCCGCGGCGGUCGCUCUCUCUUCCAUCCUCCUCUCAGCUCCGAUGCCAGCCGUCGCUGAUAUCUCGGGCUUGACCCCUUGCAAGGAGUCAAAACAGUUUGCCAAGAGGGAGAAGCAACAUAUCAAGAAGCUAGAAUCAUCUCUUAAACUCUACGCUCCUGAAAGUGCCCCUGCUCUUGCUCUUAACGCUCAGAUAGAAAAGACCAAGCGCAGGUUCGACAACUACGGAAAGUACGGGCUCCUCUGCGGCGCAGACGGGCUACCACAUUUGAUAGUGAACGGAGACCAGCGGCAUUGGGGAGAGUUCAUAACUCCAGGGCUUCUCUUUCUCUACAUUGCUGGAUGGAUCGGGUGGGUCGGGAGAAGCUACUUGAUAGCGAUCAGUGAUGAGAAGAAACCAGCCAUGAAAGAGAUCAUUAUCGAUGUUCCAUUGGCUAGUCGUCUCAUCUUCUGUGGUUUCAUUUGGCCCGUUGCUGCUUACAGAGCGUUACUCAAUGGUGAUAUCAUCGCCAAGGAUGUCUAGAAACAAACCUGUAUUUGAUCUUUUGUUACGCUCUCGUGUUUGUCAUUGUAUGUAUUCAAUCUCUUGUUAA